AUGGAUCUCGGCGUGCUCGAGGACGAGAGCACUCCAAGCAGCCAGGAACCCUGGAGCAGCUACAGCGUGAGAGUAUCGGUGGGGUCUGCGAUACCUGAGGACGCCCUGUUCUCCGCCGCUCGAUUUGCGAGGUCGUCAGCCGUGAACGGCGAGCGUCAACCCAGCAGCCGCCGUGUGGCAUGCAUCUGGUGUCUGAAAGAGUUUUCCAGUGAGCAAGUUCUGCAACAACACGAGCGCACCGCGAGGCAUCGAGAGAAGCUGCGAGAACUUGGCAUCCCAGAAUCUGAUGAGCAGCACCAGCAGCUCAUCUCCGGUGCAUCAAAGGAAACGAGUCUCGAAACUGCAGACCUGGACGCUUGGCUCGCUGAGCGCAUGCAAGAAGCGCGUCCCCUUGAUAUCCACGAAUGUCUUUUCUGUAACCACAAGGUUGCCGUUGACGAGAAUGUUUCAGAACAGGAGCGCAGCGGCGCUCUCCUUGCAAAUCUCCGCCACAUGGCCAAAGAGCACUCAUUCUUUGUGCCCUAUAUAGAGUACUGCUAUGAUCUUGCCGGACUCGUACGAUACCUGGGAGUCAAGGUCGGUCUUGGCUACUGUUGCGUGUUCGGGGGAAGGGUCGUACCGCUCUCGCAAGACACUACGGACUCCGCGGAGCAGCUGUUCGAGCGUCGUGCGGAGGUAUUCAGCAGCUUACAGGCCUGUCGAAAUCAUAUGCGAGAUGCUGGGCACUGCCGGUUGCCCGAUUUUGAUCAGGAGGAGGUUUGGGAUGAGUAUCAGGAAUUCUACAGUUUUACCCCAGUACGAGCAGACGCGCUGCUGUCGUCUGCCGCGGAUGCGAGCGAAGCGCUUUCUCCAGGCACGCCACAUGAGGCUGCGGGUGAGGCUGAGUUUGUCGCUCUAGCGCCAUGGGAAAAGUGGGUCUCGGUCGCCGAGGCACCGAGAUCUACGCACCCACCAGAUGAAGAAGUUGUUGGCCUUCAACUAGGUGCGAGUGGACGAACUAUUGCACACCGGUCUCUCUGGCGAUACUAUCGCCAGCGUGUGCAUGAUCAUCACCGCACGCAGCUACCUGUCUGCAUUGCUCGACAAGAGCGCCAGCAGAUGGUGCUGGCUUAUCAGGAGCUCGCCCACGCAGCUGCAAUGGGCUUCACUGGACCCGCAGCGUCGCAGCCGUAUCCCAGUAUUCCACCACGUCGAGUGCUUGAGCGCUGGCGACGCGACCAGCUCGCACUGGCUGAACGGAACGCAGCGACGCGCCGCGGCCGGGCAGCACGUUCAUCCAUAGCGGUGCUGAACUCUGGCUAUCGUGGCUAG